AUUCUCCGCCUGUCAUCUCUGUCUGCCUAAGUCUCUCCUUCCUCUCCGUGUGUGUGUGUGUGUGUGUGUGUGUGUGUGUGUGUGUGUGUGUGUGUGUAUGUGUGUGUGUGUGUUACUCUCCCCUUGUCUCACUCUCCGCGCGUCUGCUUGUCUCCCCUGACCUGUGAGUGUGUGUGCGUGCGUGUGUGGACAGUAUGUGUGUGCGCGCGCGCGUGUAUGUCCCUCCCUCUCUCUUCUCCCCUGAACUCUUUCAAAUGUGACACAUCCCGCGGGGUGAAGCUGGCGGCCCCAGAGUAGGCGCCGCCAGGGCGGAGCAACCAAGCGCACCCGAGCCUCGGAGCCGAGCGGGAGCUGGAGCGCGGAGGCACCGCACACCCAGCUGGCCAGGGAAAGAAGAGAAGGGGCAAUGGGCGGCGGCCGGCUAUCUGGGCGGCAGUGGCUUGCCACGGCCAGCGGCCCAGCUCGGAGCUCUCCCUGAAGGAGGUAGCUCAGGAUUCCCCUGCUUCCAGGAGUCCCCAGUUCCUGGGGUAUGGGCUGGACCGCAAAGGAUAGGAGCGCGCCCGGGUCUAGCCCCGGCCCGGCCCCAGGGGACCGAGCAUCUAGCUGGUUGGCCAAGAUGCGCCCAGGGCGCUCUUAAGCAGAGGCGAGCGGCAGCCCCCGGCCCGGCUUUAGGUUAGCUGCUGGCUCUCGGCUACCCUUCCCCGCCUCUUGACCCCGGGCCCGAUCCCAUGGGGGCCGGGCCCUGCCCCUCCCAGUCCCACUGCGCCCCGCCCAGCCCCGCCGAGAAGGCAGAGAAGGAGAGACGCCUGGCCCCCUCUCCGCCCCCCGCGGUGUCGCCCAGGAGCUCAGGGCGCAUGGAGAGGACCGCGGCAGGCUGCGUGUGCCCGGACGAGCAGAGCAUCCUUCCCUGUAAGAAGGAGGAGCUGCAGUGUGACAACGGGCUGUGCCUGCUGAACUGGCUGCGCUGUCACUACAAGAAGGACUGUAGUCGGGACUACAUGUCCAUCAAAAUCACCUGCUCCAAAAUUCACUCCAACCAGAGCGGCCCCAUCAACGAGUACCCAGUCUUCACCGAGAGCACUGGUGACCCCAGCCUGCUGGUGUCUCCUCUGCUGGUGGCUGGGGUGGUCAUCGGCCUGGUGCUAUUUCUAUCCUGUGUGACCAUCAUUGUGGGCAGCCUGAGGAAGGAUGGGCGACUCCGGAACCACCCACACCUGAGACGGGACCCCACCUAUGCUCCAGAUGGCUUCUCCUAUGGAGGCUCUGUUGGAGAGCUGAGAUCCACCUGCAUUGAGGAGUUUCCUCCCGCCUUCGACUUUGGUGCCUACAUGGAGACAUUGUCCCAAGUCAAUGUGUUGUAUCCAGACUCACCUCCAGGGUAAGAAAUUCUCAAAGAUCUUAGAAUCAAAGAAUCACUGAAUUUAGAGAUAAUUUCAUCAGAGAAUUUUAAGUUAGUCCAAAUGCCCUCAUUUUAUGGAUGAGGAAAGUAAGGCUCAUUAAGUCAGUAAUAAAUAGCAAUGGUAGGAUUCAAACACAGGUCUUCUGUUUUCAGAGCUUUCCAUUUAAGUUUUAUGAAAUAAAUAAACUUAUCAGAUAUUUCCACGUCCUCAUUUAGCCUAAUAAUAAGACUAUAAGGUAUAAAUAGCACAAAUGUGUUAGCCCCUUUUACAGGUGAGAAAACCG